CCAGAGUGAUCAACCACAGUAAGGAGGUGCUCUAGAUGUGAGGGUUUCAUUUAGGGUAUUUGUUUUUAGAAAUUGGAGGUGUUCCUGUUGCUCAGGAAAUGCAUGCAUAUCUGUGAGUGGCAUCAGUAGAGCUUUAGCCUCUGUUACAAAAGGAGGUUUGUGAGAGGGUUUCAUUCAGGGUAUUUGUAAUUAGAAAUUGCUCUAGCAGAAUUGCCAUGGAGAGCCUCAAGGUGCUCUACACAGUACUGGAGGUGCUGAUCGCUGUGGCAUGUUGCCUUGGCAACCUGAUGGUGAUCUGGGCAGUGUGGACGUGUGGUGCCAUGCGUCGGCAGCCCACCUUCUGCUUCAUCGUCUCUCUGGCCGUAGCCGACUUCCUGGUGGGGGCGGUGGCUGUACCUGUGGCGGUUCUGGUGGACGGCCAGGUCAUAACCUCAUUCAACGGCUGCCUGUUCCUCAGUUGUAUGUUGAUUGUUCUGACCCAAGCUUCUGUUCAUUCCUUGUUGGCUAUCGCCCUGGACCGGUUCCUGCGUGUCUACAUCCCACUCAGGUAUAAGAGCACUGUGACACAGAUUCGCUCCUGGUCUGUAGUGGGAGCCUGCUGGGUCUCUGCAAGUAUUUUAGGCUUCGUUCCCAUGUUUGGAUGGCAUCGCCAAGACACUCUAGCACAGAUGGAGGAUUCUAACUCCACAACCAUCACUUGUACGUUUCUGGCAGUAAUUCCAAUGUCCUACAUGGUCAACUUCAACUUCCUCACCUGCAUACUGCCACCCAUGCUACUGAUGCUGGUGUUGUACCUCUGCAUCUUCAUGAGGAUCCACCAGCAGCUGAGAGGAGGUGGGGUGAGUGGCAGUGGGUCUCAUUCCUACUACCAUAAGGAGUGGAGAUUGGCUCGAUCCCUACUUCUUAUCCUGGUGUUGUUUGCGGUCUGCUGGCUACCUCUGCACUUCAUGAACGUUGCCUCUCUCUAUGGGCCGCCAUUAACAGUUCCCCAUCAAGCUUUCUAUGUCGGCAUUCUGCUCUCUCAUGCAAACUCAGCUGUUAACCCUGUUGUGUAUGCACUGAAGAUCCACAAGAUUAAACAUGCUUUCAAGACGAUGUGGGGGAGGUACAUGCUUUGCAAAGAGGACCAAGAGACUACAAGGAGCAGCCAGACCACAGAAAAUAUCAACAGCAUCACCACCACCAACAGAAAUGAACAAAAUAUCAGGGUGUAGUGUCUGAAAUAUCUCCAUCAAUAUCUCCAAAUAACUCCAUUUUAUUGAAACAAAAAUCACAUAUCAUUGUGAAAAAUAUAGUGUGAAAUUAACUAAUAGAGUUAAAUUUAACACUCUAUAGAUACCAUUUGGCACCAUUUCACAGAAUGCGAAAGUUACUCUGCACAACAUAUAAUUCACGCUCACAUUACAUUUAACACUGAGGAUUAUUUACAUACUUUAGUGACAUUCAACUCUUUUUACAUGCUAGGGAGUUGAAGUUUUCACACUUUCUUGGUAUCAUUUCACAUUCACUGUUAGUUCCUUUACUGGUGAUAAUUUACUCUGUAAACUGAUCUGAAUCUGAUAGGGUUUUUUAGUGUGUUUCUCCAUGAAAAGCUGACUUCUUGUGACUUGGCAAGAACUAGAGCGUACUUAAAGGGGAGCGCACGAGGAAGUGGAUCCCAACAUGGACAUAGAAGUGAUUGUUUUUUCAACAACAUUUGAAUGAGUCGACAUGUUUUUUUUUGCAAAACAAUUACAUUGCAAGUUUCUGUUCAUUGUUUUGCAUCAUGGAAAGUUAUCCACACACACGUGAACACACAAUUCUUCCUGUCCUUGAUGUGUUCUCCUGCCAGGGGAUUUUUUAACUAUUUUAAAUGUUUUAAUUGUUAACAAGUUGACUGAAUCACAUGUCUUGAACACAUUAUACAACCUAGGAUAGUUUCCAUGUAUAAGAUUACCCAAUAUAAUGGAUAAUCUGCUCAUACUUCACUGAUAUUUCUUUCUGGCUUUUUGGGAAAUAGCUUUUUGAAUAUAGAUCAGUCUGUCUAUUCAUAUGUGCAAUUGAAUCACUGAUAUUUUCAUGGCACAUCACAAGUCUGCCACUGCUGUUUUCAGAGUAUUCUCCCUCUAUAAGGUCCUAGAAUUCAUUUUACAUGGAUUAUACAAAACUGUGUAGAUUAGCGACUCCACUCAAGAAUAGCCAUCAGACCUGAUAAAUUGAACCUGCUUCCCCACACCUCACAUAUUGCUAAGAGCUGACUGCAUAUUUUAGGAUGUGGUCUGAUGUGGUGUGAAAAUAGGAAAAGAAACAAG